AUGUAUGGUAGUGCUGGUUUGACUAGUAUUGCUGGUGUGUAUAGUAGUGUUAGUGUGUAUAGUAGUACUGGUGUGUCUAGUAUUGCUGGUGCGUAUAAUACUGCUAGUGUGUAUAUUAGUACUCCUGUGUCUGGUAUUGCUGGUUUGUGUAGUAUUGCUCGUGUGUCUACUACUAUUGCUGGUGUGUAUAGUAGUGGUGGUGUGUCUAUAGUAGUUAGUGUUGGUAGGGUUUAUGGAGGGUUUGGUGGUCGUAGUGCCGCUGGUAGUAUUAUUGAUGUUGCAUGUGCGAAUAAUACCACUCUUGUUCACGAUCCCGAGAGUUUUGCUAUCCUUUACAAUAAUUUGUACAUCUAUAUGAUUGCUGCUGGUGGCGCCGGGAAUAUCGUACUGCUGCUGCUGCUGAUUGUAGUGGUAUUAUUACUAUUAAUAUCAGCACCACCAACAUCAGUGGCACAAACGUUGCGUGAGAGAGUGUUCGCUUCCAUGUGCUGCUGCUCCUGGAGUUUUUUGUCUCGCAUUGCUGGAGCAGAGGAGAAGAGUACUACUUCUAAUGAAAGCAACCGCAGCAGUUGUGACCGCGAGACUGACAGCAUCAGAACCGAUGGGGAGGGUGAGAGCGAUCGUGACCCAGUGGACUCCAUUCAAUCGGAUGCCUCUUCUUCUUCUUCAGUCGAAGAAAUGGAGGAAAGCGGUACCAACAAACCGAAAAGAAGAAUCAGAUAUGCGGCUAAUUCGGCGGCAGGUCGUCGUGCACUGGAGCGAAUGCAUCGCCGCCAAGCAGCAAGCAGAAAACAGCAACAACGUGAAGAAGGUCUUCUUCAGAAGAGAGAUAAAGAGAAAGAAAUAGCGAAAACGAAGUUGCUAAUAGCCGCAGAAGAGACACAACUGAGCAGACUGAAAAGCAAAAAAGCAAAAUUACUGGAGACAACAAAAGUUAAUUCACUGUUCACCUCAUCUGAAGAAGAAGAAGAAAAUGAUAGAGACAGUGACAGUGGUGGUAGUCACGGUGGGGGCGGUGGAAGUAAUAGUAGUAGUGAUCGUGGUGGUGGUGGUGAAGAAAUUGUACGCGUGAAGGAUAUGAAGGCUGAAGAGCAGGGAGAGGGGAAUACGUGUUGCAGUAUCAGUACGAGUGACGGUGGGGAAGAUGGAGAGAUGAGUACUGUAAGAGAAGAAAGAAAGAAAGUUUCGGCGACCACAAAAAAAGUGACUUUGCCUGCUUCUUUCAAAAGGACAGAAGAAAUCAACAGCUCCUCAUCAACAUCACUCAACUCGAAGAAAGGGUGUGCUGCAUCUGAAGCACAAGAGAGAAAGACACUACAGAAGCAACAAGGGCAAAAGAAGCUGCAACAGCAGCAGCAACAGCAGCAGCAGCAACUGACGAGUUUCGUGUGUUUGAGGAAGGGGUAUCAAGGCGAGAACAGAGAGAAGGAAGAAGGAGGUCCUGCCGGUAACGAUGAAGUAGACUGUGAAGCUAAGAAAAAAGAACGAAUGAAUGAUAAUGAGGAAAAAAGUAUUCAGCACCACCAAAAGCAACAGCGGCAGCAACAGCAGCAGCAGGAGCAGCAGCAGCAGCAACCCAAGACAGGGUCUCUGUUUGCAUGUGUCGUUAGAAAGAGCACCAACGAUAUACGCUCUCCAUUUUUCGAUCCUGCAUUAUUGAAACCGGCAACACUCUCAACAAAUCUUCCCCACCAGACGUCUUCUACAAAAGCAAAAGAAACAAAGCAGCUCACACCUACACUCGAGAAGUUCAUAGCGCGCUGGCAGCACUGUGUUCAGUUAUCGAAGAGGGCUAGUGGCCGCACUGCAGUAGCCCGAAUAUACGUGAAUGUAUAUAUAUUUGAAACGCUGAGCGACACGUGGGGCGCAAUUGAAGACAUGAAGAGGUCUGGCGGUGCAGGAAGUAGUAGGAGGCAAACAGUUCUUCUCGCAAAUGUUUUUCGCGUACUUCUCUACCAUGCCCCUAACACACUUGUGAAAGCUGUCUAUCUCUGUUUGAAAAGAAUACUUCCAGACUACAUGGGUGUAGAGUUGGGAGUUGGAGAGAGUCUCAUAAUGAAGGCUAUGGCUGAAACAUACGCUCGUACUGAAGUUCAAAUCAAACGAGAGUUACAGCAUAAUGAGGAUUUGGGUAAUGUUGCUGAGCAGAGUAGCUGUCGAAUGCGUGUGCUUUUACAACCGGAGCGUUUGACUAUUGACGGUGUGUAGCGCUGCUUUCUUACGUAUCGCGAAUGCACGGGAAAGGACUCUCAGCAACGUAAAAAAAAUCUGCUCACUCGUUUACUCGUUGCUGCAAAACCCCUCGAAGCGAAAUAUAUCGUUCGUCUGUUGCAGCAGCAUCUUCGUACUGGAGCUUCUACUGCAACCGUCUAUCAGGCACUGGCGCAUGCAUGUUUUCUAACGAAGUGUGCAUCAGAACACGGUCUUCAAAAUAUGGAGCAGAGUGUACGUCGUGCAUUGUGCGAGGUCGCGAAUGUUGAAGUGGUGAUAGAGAAACUUCUGCAGCGAGCAACACCCGAAAAUUUGAACGUACUCUGCCAAUUGACUCCAGGCAUACCACUGCAGCCAAUGCUCGCCAAGCCUUCGCAUGGUUUCGACGAGGUCCUGGAGCGACUGCGGGAGCAUGCAUUCACGUGUGAAUAUAAAUAUGAUGGGGAGCGUGUGCAGAUUCACGUUCUUUCUCCUUCUUCUCGAGCGUAUAGUCAGACACCUCCCUUGGUACAAAUUCUGCCUGGUCCUACCAACAACAGCAGCAGCACCGGCAGUAGUAGUAGUAGCAGCACGGCAUCAGGAAGUUCCGUACUGGGUCCAGCACUGCAGAUAGAAGAAGGGAGUGUUUCUCCUUCCGCAAGAAAAGGAGAGCAAAGACGUGUACGGUUUUUCAGUCGGAGACUUGAAGAUGCAACAGGGAAAUACCCAGACGUUGUGAGAAUGUUAAUGCAGCAGUUACGACCGGGAACAAGAGAGUGCAUAUUAGAUGGAGAGAUAGUAGCGUAUGAUCCAGAGCAACAGCGCAUUCUGCCCUUCCAGACGCUGACACGAAGAAAACGAAAAACAGUAGUAACUCCUGCAGGGACGAAUAGUACUAGUAGUAGUAGUGGUGGCAAUAGUAGUAACAUCAUCACCACCCUUGCAACCCCACCCGAAAUUACUGUUGCGGUCUUUAUAUUCGACUGCAUGCAGUUCAACGGGCGCUCCCUACUCGAAGAAUCACUUGAAGAACGCCGAAAAUAUGUUGCAGAAGCUCUAUGGCUUACACCCUCAUCUCUACCGUCAUGGUGCCGUAUAUAUAGGGCUGCACACAGAGAAGUUCAAGAUGCACAAGCAUUCGAGGAUUUUCUUAAUGAGGCUCUCGAUGCGAACUGCGAAGGGUUGAUGGUGAAGUCGUUGCGCGAAAACGCAUCGUAUGAACCUUCGAAAAGAUCCCUCAAUUGGCUUAAAGUAAAGAAAGAUUACAUUGAGGGACUGACAGACUCAGUGGACCUCGUCCCCAUCGGCGCUUUCUACGGAAGGGGUAAACGCAGCGGUACAUAUGGGACGUAUUUGCUGGCAGUUUAUAAUCCAGACGCAGAGACGUACGAGUCUGUUUGUAGAACAGCAACGGGUUUUUCGGAUGAGGCCUUGCAGCAGCAUCAGGCUGCUCUCAGCCUGCGAAUUAUCGAUAAGAAGAAGCCUUACUAUCAUGUCUCGGACAAAAUGGAGCCCGACGUCUGGUUCGAACCAUGUCAAAUUUGGGAGUGUCGCGCAGCCGAUCUCUCCAUAUCGCCUGUUCAUACGGCUGCCCUUGGCGAAAAGGCUCCAGACAAAGGCAUUGGGCUGCGAUUUCCUCGUUUCCUACGAGUACGAGAGGAUAAGGCACCCGAGCAAGCGACUACUAGCGCACAGAUCGUAGAUCUAUUCGAAAGUCAAUUCCGGAAACCAAGACCCACUGGAAGCAGCACUACUACGGGAAUGCGUAGCACAAGUGCAUUGAAGAAUGAGACGUAUGAUCGAGAAGAAGGAGACGAGGACGAAGGGGGUGUUAGUGACUCGACUGAUGGAGAGGUAGCGGUUGCUGCAGCUGCUGAUGGCCGUGCUGCUGAAUGA